AUGUGGAAAACUAUCAAUCAAUUAACAAACAAGAAAUCGAAAACAACUAAAAUUAAUGAACUGAUAAUUGAUCAGAAAGUUACAACAAAUCCAGAUGAAAUAGCAGAAGGUAUGAAUAAAUAUUUCAAUGAUAUUGGAACCAUUUUGGCUGAUAAUCUCUCAAAUGGGCAUAAUAGUUUUGAGGCGUAUGUCAACCCUACUGAAACUACAUUUGAAAUUCAAAACAUUUCUGUAGUGGAGGUAAAAAGUGAAAUUUCAAGAAUUAAAACUUCCAAAGCUACUGGACAAGAUCGUAUAUCACCAAAACUUUUGAAAGAUAGUGUGGAAGUAGUUGCCGAAUCCCUCACAAAUAUUUUCAAUAAAUCCAUUGAAAAAGGCGUAUUUCCUGAUGACCUUAAAAUGGCAUGCAUAUCUCCUAUACAUAAAGGGGAUUGGAAAG